AUGUAUGACCAGUCCUCAUCCAGGAGUCGUUCAAGGCUUGUCGUGCUCAAGCUCGAGCAGGUCACCCCCGAGAUAAUCGCGAGAAAGACAGUGAGAAGCAGCAUCGGUCUCUUAGCGACUGAGACGAGCGUCUUGCCGGAUAUCGAAAUAGGACGGUCGAUGUUUUCAGAAGUUGAGGAGGGCGAAGCCGUUGCGAGACGAGCUUUAUCACUUGAUACUUUUGACCCGCCAACGAAGUUCUACGUGACGAUCGAAAAGGGUCGAUCAGGGUCGAGCUUCGAUCAUCGACCGAAAAUGGCUGCGAGGAAGAGGAAACGGAUGUCGAAUCGCCUGACUGCGUGA